UUCAAGCCAGUUUUUGUUCCACAACUCUCUCUUUUAUUGCUCUAUUUUGUCCGCUGAGGGGUUUCUGUCUUGCGAAGAAAGAAAAGAAAGUGGAAAUGGCGGAAUCAUCAUCGUCUUCCUCAUCGGUAGCAGCCACUGCAAAAUCGGACGCAGAGAUUGAAGAGAUGCUGGAUCGUAUGCUUACUCGCCUCGCUCUCUGCGACGACUCCAAACUCCAGAUUUUACUUUCCAAGCUUCUCCCAUUUACCAUCUCCUCGCUUUCCUCUCAGUCCUCUACUGUCCGCAACAAGGUUCUUGAGAUAUUGAGUCAUGUGAACAAGAGAGUAAAACCUCAGCCUGAGAUUGGUUUACCAUUGUCUGAGUUAUGGAAUAUGUAUUCAGAAGUUAAUGCUACUCCAAUGGUCCGGAAUUUUUGCAUUGUCUAUAUUGAGAUGGCAUUCGAGCGUGCACCAGUAGAGGAAAAAGAAAAUUUGGCACCCAUGCUUCUGGUGAAUGUUUCAAAGCUUCCCCAUCAGCACCAAGAGAUUCUCCUGAGAAUUGUUACUAAGGUUAUUGGUGAAUGUCACUCAAGUCAAGUUGAUGACAAAGUUGCUGCAAAGUACAGAAUUAUGAAGGAUUCUCAGGACAGGGAGUUGUUUAUUGAAUUUUGCCUUCAUACAAUUUUAUACCAACAAUCAUCUCAAAGUAGAGGAUGCCCACCUGGACUUUCCAUCGCUCAAACGAACCGUGUAAUAGGGAAACAGCCUUUGGUUAUUGAUAUACUUGUGAAGAGAAAGUUGGGAAUCUUGAAUGUUAUUGACUGUAUGGAGCUGGCCCCUGAGCUUGUUUAUACUUUAUAUGUGGCUGCCACAGUAGAUAGUCAAGAGCCUGUUGCAAAGAGAGGGGAGGAGCUUUUAAGGAAAAAGGCCACAGGUGCUAACUUAGAUGAUCCUGCCAUGAUAAACAGACUAUUUUUGCUCUUCAAUGGUACUGCCGGAUCUCAAAAUACUCUUCCUGAAUGUAGGGUCACCCCUGGGAAUCUUGCUUUGAAAACAAAGCUGAUGUCUAUUUUCUGUCGGUCUCUUACGGCGGCGAACAGUUUCCCAUCAACUCUGCAAUGUAUCUUUAGCUGCAUAUAUGGAAAUGAUACUACCUCAAGGUUGAAGCAGUUGGGAAUGGAAUUCACAGUCUGGGUAUUUAAACAUUCAAACAUCAAUCAGCUUAAACUUAUGGGCCCUGUGAUACUGAAUGCAAUUUUGAAGUCACUUGAUAAUCAUUCAAGUGUAGAGUCAGAUGCCACUGCUAGGGAUACAAAAACUUUUGCUUUUCAAGCUAUUGGAUUGCUUGCACAACGAAUGCCUCAACUUUUCAGAGACAAGAUUGACAUGGCUGUUCGUCUUUUUGAUGCUUUGAAAGCGGAGGCACAAUCUCUUCGUCUUAUUAUUCAGGAAGCGACCAAUUCCCUUUGUACUGCAUACAAGGGUGCACCAUCAACUGUGUUAAAGGAUCUGGAGACCAUUUUGCUUAAAUAUUCUCAGGAGGAACAAAGUGAAGUAAGAUUCUGUGCUGUGAGAUGGGCAACAUUUUUGUUUGAUAUGCAACAUUGCCCUAGUCGAUUUAUUUGUAUGCUUGGGGUGGCUGAUUUGAAAUUGGAUAUAAGGGAAAUGGCACUUGAAGGGCUUUUUCCUAAGGAAGAUGACAAGCAAAGCAGGGGUGAAAAAUCUGAUACGCUGUACCCAAAACUUGGAAUCAUUUUAGAUUAUAUUCUUAGCCAGUGUCCAAAGUUGUUAGACUCAACUGAGAUGAGGGACCAAAGGCUUGAAUUUCAUGCGAAAACAUAUGUGGUUAUGAUUAAAUUUUUAAUGAAGUGCUUUGAGUCAGAGGUGGAACAAAACAAAUCUGUAGAGAUAUCAUCUGCAUUUUGGUCCUCUGUGGAAAAAAUGUGUCUGUUGCUUGAACAUGCAAUGGCUUUUGAGGGCUCUAUUGAGUUGCAUGCUAAUGCAUCAAAGGCAUUGAUUGCAAUUUGUUCUUAUAUUCCUGAGAUGGUAGCUUCACGCUAUUCCCAAAAAAUUUCAUGGCUAAAGCAACUACUUAGUCAUGUGGACUUGGACACCCGUGAAUCAGCUGCACGUUUACUUGGAAUAGCUUCCUCUGCUCGUCCUAUAGCUGAUUCCUGUGAUCUAAUUUUUGAGCUAAUUGCCAUAGUUAGUCAAAUGCAGAAGUUAAGGUUUGAGACUCAGCAUGGAGCAUUAUUAGCAAUAGGAUUUGUCACUGCAGAUUGUAUGUCAAGAACACCUGCUAUUCCUGAGAUGUUGUUUCAGAAUAUACUCAAAUGUCUUGUUGAUGUUGUUAAUUCUGAGACUGCGACACUGGCUGCAGUUGCAAUGCAAGCACUAGGUCACAUUGCACUACGUAUUCCAUUGCCUUCACUUGUUGAUGAUUCUGGUUCAGUUGAUAUUUUGACUGUUUUACAAGAAAGGUUGAGCAAGCUACUUUCUGGUGAUGAUAUUAAAGCAGUUCAGAAAAUCGUUAUAUCCAUUGGACAUAUUUGUGUCAACGAAACAUCACCUUCACGUCUAAAUACUGCCCUUGAUUUGAUUUUCAGUCUUUCUCGAUCUAAGGUUGAGGAUAUCCUUUUCGCUACUGGAGAGGCUCUGUCAUUCUUGUGGGGAGGUGUUCCUGUGACUGCUGAUGUGAUUCUCAAGACAAAUUAUAGUACACUUUCUAUGGCUUCCAAUUUUCUUAUGGGAGAUGUAAGCUUGUCCAUGUCAAAAUAUACUGCUAAUGGGAACAGUGCAGCUGAUGAAGAAUACCAUGCCAUGGUUAGAGAAACUAUUACCAGAAAGCUUUUUAAGGAUCUUUUAUAUAGCACCAGGAAAGAAGAGCGCUGUGCUGGGACUGUCUGGCUAUUAUCAAUUACAAUGUAUUGUGGCCAUCAUGCAUCCAUCCAGAAAAUGCUUCCAGAAAUUCAGGAAGCUUUCUCAAACCUACUUGGAGAACAGAAUGAACUUACACAAGAAUUAGCCUCCCAAGGCAUGAGUAUUGUAUAUGAACUGGGUGAUACAUCAAUGAAGAAGAACUUAGUAAAUGCACUUGUAAACACUCUUACUGGUUCAGGGAAAAGGAAAAGAGAAGUCAAGCUCGUUGAAGACUCAGAAGUGUUUCAAGAAGGAGCUAUUGGAAAAGGUCUUGAUGGAGGGAAGCUUACCACUUAUAAGGAGCUUUGCAGCUUAGCAAAUGAGAUGGGACAGCCAGAUCUAAUUUAUAAGUUUAUGGAUCUGGCUAACCAUCAAGCUUCUUUAAAUUCAAAAAGGGGUGCUGCCUUUGGGUUUUCUAAGAUAGCGAGGCUAGCGGGGGAUGCUCUUAAGCCACAUUUAUGUUUGUUAAUCCCAAGGCUUGUUCGUUAUCAAUAUGAUCCUGAUAAAAACGUGCAGGAUGCAAUGUCACACAUAUGGAAGUCGCUGGUGGAAGACUCGAAGAAAGCCAUUGAUGAAUACUUUGACCUGAUUGUUGAUGAUUUACUAAUACAAUGUGGAUCUAGGCUUUGGCGUUCCCGUGAGGCAUCCUGUCUUGCUCUUGCUGAUAUAAUUCAAGGGCGGAAGUUUAGUCAGGUUGGGAAGCAUAUGAAAAGAUUAUGGUCAGCAGCAUUCCGGGCCAUGGAUGACAUAAAAGAAACAGUUCGAAUUUCUGGUGAAAAAUUAUGCCGUGCUGUAACUUCAUUGACAAUGAGGAUAUGUGAUAUUUCCCUGACUGAUGCCUCAGAUGCUAGCCAAGCAAUGGAUGUUGUUCUGCCUUUUCUGCUUGCAGAAGGCAUAUUAAGUAAAGUUGACAGUAUCCGCAAGGCAUCUAUUGGCGUUGUUAUGAAGCUUGCGAAGGGUGCAGGAAUUGCACUUCGUCCACACUUGUCAGAUUUAGUUUGUUGCAUGCUUGAGAGUUUAUCAAGCCUUGAAGACCAAGGGCUUAAUUACGUUGAGUUGCAUGCAGCUAAUGUAGGAAUACAGACAGACAAGCUUGAAAAUUUGAGAAUUUCAAUUUCGAAAGGCUCGCCAAUGUGGGAAACUCUUGAUCUCUGCAUAAAAGUUCUGGAUACUGAAUCAUUAGACCCAUUAAUACCUCGUCUUGCUCAGUUGAUCCGAUCUGGAGUAGGUCUUAACACUAGGGUUGGUGUUGCCAACUUUAUUACGCUGCUCGUUCAAAAGGUUGUGCUUGAUAUCAAACCAUAUACAAGCAUGCUAUUGAAGUUGUUGUUUCCAGUAGUUAAGGAGGAGAAAAGUGCUACAGCCAAGCGUGCCUUUGCUAGUGCUUGUGCUAUCGUUUUGAAGUAUGCUGCACCACCUCAGGUGGAGAAGUUAAUUGAAGACUCAGCAGCUUUGCAUACUGGUGACAAGAAUGCUCAAAUUACAUGUGCGGUUCUAUUAAAAAGCUUUUCAUCCACAGCCUCAGAUGUUGUGAGCGGUUAUCAUGCAGCAAUUAUUCCGGUUAUUUUUCUCUCAAGAUUUGAGGAUGACAAGUAUGUCUCUGGCCUGUUCGAGGAGUUGUGGGAGGAGCAUACAAGCAGUGAACGGGUAGCCCUCCAGUUGUACUUAGGGGAGAUUGUCUCUCUUAUAUGUGAGAGUAUUACAUCUUCAUCAUGGUCAAGCAAGAAAAAGUCUGGACAAGCAAUAAGCAAGCUUAGCGAAGUUUUGGGUGAAUCCCUGGCCUCUUACCAUCAUGUUCUCCUUCAGUCUCUUAUGAAUGAAAUUCCUGGUCGUUUGUGGGAGGGCAAGGAUGCUCUUUUGUAUGCAAUCGGUGCUAUUUCCAAGUCUUGCCACACAGCAAUCUCUGCUGAUAAUCCUUCCACUCCAAAUGCCCUUUUGUCUUUGGUAUUGACUGCAUGUACCAAAAAAGUGAAAAAAUACCGUGAAGCAGCUUUUUCAUGUCUUGAACAAGUUAUAAAAGCCUUUGGUAAUCCGGAGUUCUUUAACUUGGUUUUUCCAUUUUUAUUUGAAAUGUGCAAUUCGGCUGCUCUCUCUAAGUCUAGGAAAGCAAGUUUGGGAAGUGACUCUACUAAAGCAGAAUUAGAUGAUACAGAAGAGAUUUCAAUUCCACAUGAAAAAAUUUUGGACUGCCUGACUACUUGCAUCCUUGUAGCACACAUAAACGAUAUUGUAGAACAGCAAGAGAAACUAAUGCAUCUCUUAGUUACUUCCUUGUCACCUUGGUUUCCUUGGACAGUCAAAAUAUCAGCAUUUUCAUCAAUCAAAGAACUCUGCUCAAGGCUGCACGAUGUAUUGGUUGAUUCCGAGAAAAAGGCUGCACAUGCUAAACUGGCCUCUGUAGUUCAGGAGUUGUUUCAAUCAGUAUCGCCUAAAGUUGUCGAAUGUAUUAGCACUGUGAAGAUUUCUCAGGUUCAUAUCAAUGCUUCAGAGUGUCUUGUAGAGAUCAUUAAGCUAUGUGGUGACCUUCAAUCAGUAUGCUGGGCAAACAAUGAAUUUAGGGAAGAGCUUCGUCGUGUGCAUGAGAUGGAGAAAAAUGAUGCGGCAAAAUCCUUGCUAAAGAAAUGCAUUGAGAUCCUUGAAAGUCUGAGGCAUAAUGCUGUCCAAGACACCUGAACUCUAGUACAGCAACACUAAUGCUCGGAUAGAAACAGGAAGCCUUUUGUAAGAUUAUAUUAUUAUUUUUAAUACUAUAUCAUUCUUCCAUAAUUUUCAUUUAGCUAAAUUUGAAACCUCAAAUCACUUCCAUUUAUUUUACACAUCUGCAGAGGGAAUUCUAACAACUACUCAUAGAAAGCAAUAGCUUAUAUGAAGGAAAAAGACAUAUGCAUUAUAUUGAAUUUGUAAUUUGUUCUAUGGUUGUAUAUAAGCCAAUUUAAGUUUUUAAUGUUAACAUUUAUUUCUUUA